AUGCCGCGAAUUAUGAUAAAGGGUGGUGUCUGGCGGAAUACAGAGGAUGAGAUUUUGAAAGCGGCUGUAAUGAAAUAUGGAAAAAACCAAUGGAGUCGUAUAGCAUCUUUAUUACAUAGAAAAUCAGCCAAACAGUGCAAAGCCCGUUGGUUUGAAUGGCUGGAUCCUAGCAUAAAGAAGACUGAAUGGAGUCGGGAAGAAGACGAAAAGCUUCUCCAUCUUGCAAAAUUGAUGCCUACACAGUGGCGUACAAUUGCGCCAAUCAUUGGUCGAACAGCUGCCCAAUGUUUAGAAAGAUAUGAAUAUUUACUUGAUCAAGCACAAAAGAAGGAAGAAGGAGAUGAUGCUGUAGACGAUCCUCGUAAACUUAAACCUGGUGAAAUUGAUCCUAAUCCUGAAACCAAACCAGCGAGACCAGAUCCUAAAGAUAUGGAUGAAGAUGAAUUGGAGAUGUUAUCCGAGGCACGUGCUAGGCUAGCAAAUACUCAGGGCAAGAAGGCUAAACGUAAAGCACGUGAAAAACAAUUGGAAGAGGCACGCCGACUCGCAGCUUUACAGAAGCGUAGAGAAUUAAGAGCUGCUGGUAUUACUGUGUCUCAAAAGAACAAACGUAAACGCGGUGUCAAUUAUAACACAGAGAUACCGUUUGAGAAACGACCUGCAUCAGGUUUCUAUGAUACCUCCAAUGAGCAUGUUGACCCUUUGGCGAUCGAUUUUUCCAGAAUGAGACAACAACACCUAGAUGGUGAACUCCGACAAGAAAAGGAGGAGAUGGAGCGCAGGAAAGAUAAACAGAAAUUGAAACAGCGCAAAGAAAAUGAUAUACCUAUGGGUAUGCUCAACAAUGAAGAGCCUAUAAAAAAAAGGAGUAAAUUAGUCUUACCAGAACCACAGAUCUCUGAUCAAGAAUUACAACAAGUCGUGAAGCUUGGUAGAGCUUCGGAAGUUGCACGAGAAGUUGCUACUGAGAGCGGUAUUACACUCUCCGACAGUUUAUUGGCUGAUUAUUCUUUGCCUACAAAUGCAUCAGCAACACCUCGUACUCCAGCUGUUACAGAUAGAAUAUUGCAAGAAGCUCAAAAUGUUAUGGCUCUUACGCACGUGGAUACACCAUUAAAAGGUGGAUUGAACACUCCACUGAAUAAUCCUGAUUUUACUGGCGUUGUGCCUCCUACCAAUGUGAUUGCAACGCCGAAUACGAUUUUGGCUACUCCAUUUAGAUCUCAACGCAGCGAUGGAACACCUAUGAAUUCGUUCAACACGCCAGGCGGAGCAUCAGCACGAACGCAAAAUGGAGUUUUAGCGGCAACACCUGUUCGCGAUAAACUUAAUAUAAAUCCAGAUGAAAAUCUAGACGGCUCAGAAACUCCACUCAUACAGACGCAGGCAAAGAACUCGUUGCGCACGGUACUGAGUUCUCUACCAGCACCGUGUAACGAUUAUGAAAUAGAUAUUUUCGACGGAGAAGUAAACGAGGAAAGUACUAGUGCGCCUGCAACUGAUAUAAUCGAAGAUCAAGCGGAUAUCGAUGCGAGACAACAACAAGAAUUAUUAGAAGAAAAAAAAAGAGAAUUGGCACGUAGAUCGCAAGUAAUUCAAAGAGAAUUGCCACGACCUGCAGAUAUAAAUAUGAAUAUUUUAAGACCUUACAUGGAUACACCAUUGACCGAUUUGCAGAGAGCAGAAGAAUUAAUAAAAAGAGAAAUGAUAACAAUGUUGAACUAUGAUGCGCAACAAAAUCCAACACAGUCAAGUCGAAAGAGUACCGCAAUAUCGUUAGCUCAGGCUCAAGCUUAUUUAGAUCAACAUCCGUAUGAUAUUUUUGAAGAGAACGAUCUUUUUAAUGCUAAAAAAAUAUUAACCGACGAAAUGGCAGUUGUAAAGGAAGGAAUGGCACACGGAGAAUUGAGCUUAGAUGCCUAUACUACUGUAUGGGAGGAAUGUUUGUCGCAAAUUUUAUAUCUCGAAACACAGAAACGGUACACCCGUGCAACGCUAGCCUCAAAAAAAGAUAGAGUGGAAGCAUGCGAGAGAAAAUUAGAAGAGAAUCGUAUGCAUAUGACAGGGGAAGCUAAACGCGCUGCAAGGAUGGAAAAGAAGUUGAAAGUUCUGACCGGAGGUUAUCAAACUAGGGCACAGGUGCUAACGAAGCAGUUACACGAUUUGUGGGAGCAAAUAGAGCAAGCUCAUCUUGAACUAUCGACAUUUAAGUUUUUGCAAACACAGGAAGAAGCGGCGAUUCCGAGAAGGAUAAAUGGCCUCAUGGAAGAUGUAAACAGGCAGACAGAGCGAGAACGCUCACUACAAAUGCGAUAUGCUCAACUACAAGACCAGUUGCAACAGUGUCGAUUAAACGAUGAAUCGUCUUAGGAACACAUUACUGACUUGAUGAAUAUAUACAGCAUGUAAUAUGUAUUACUUUA